GCGUACAAAAAGAGGGAGCGGGCGGCAGCGCAUCAUCCUCAUCCUCCCCAUCUUCAUCAUGUCCCGACGGAAACAGGCCAAGCCGCAGCAUCUCAAAUCGGACGAGGAGGCGGCAGCACUCGGGCUGGAAUCAGAAAAUGUCUCGGGUGAGAUCCUGGAUGACGCCGACAGUGGCAACGAGAGCCGCAGUGGCAGCGAGGAGACCCACGUUUGUGACAAGUGCUGCGCCGAGUUCUUCAAGUGGUUCGAUUUCUGCGAGCAUCUGAAGAGCUGCACCAAGAACCCGCUGGUGCUCAUUAUCAGAGAAAACGAUGUCACACCGGACCCAGGACACGAGUACCCAACUGAGCCUUCGCCCGUACCUAGCUGUUUGAGCGAGCCCGAAGACAGCGAGGAGGCGGUCGAGGGGCGCCAGACGCCGACCGACCCGGACGAUGGGGCCGAAAUGACCCUGGAGCAGGCAGCCGCCCUGGACAAAGACGAUGAGUCCAUGGAAGUGGAAAUGUCACCUGAGAAAGCGAUGGAUCCUGAAGAUUUAGACGUAUCACCAGAACCGGAUGUUUCCCUACCUCAGCUUGACACACCCCAGCCGCCUGGGACAGGCUACAGGAUGCCCAGCACAAAUGUCACUUUGGAAACGUUACAUGGAACACGUGUGGCAGUUGCACAGUUUUCACAAACUUUCAGAGGCGCGCUAGCCGGUAGCAUGUCCACCAUGGCUAUUCCGAUGAUCCUGGACCAGCUGAUGGCUUUGCAGCAACAACAGAUCCACCAACUCCAGUUGAUAGAACAGAUCCGUAGCCAGGUGGCACUAAUGAACAGGCAGAACCCUGCACAGGCAGCUCUUAGCCAUCAUGUCCACCACGGUACGAGCGCUGGCUCGCAGGCUACAUCCUCCUCCGGCCUUCCCACAAUCCCCAGCCAGCUCCAGUUGCACGGUUUCAUUACACCACCCGUCCACCAGCUCCCUAUCAGAGUCCCACCCACUUUAAGCAGUCAAGGCCCGACCUCGUUGUCAUCUGCUCUGAAGGUGAGCCACUCCCACGCCUCACACACAGGUAGCCACCUGUCCAGUUCUGUAAUGAGCAGCAACACCACAACAAAGUCCUCAUAUCCGCUAUCAAGCUGUAGUGUAGUUCCGUCCUUGUUACCGCUGACUUCGGUCACUAGCAGUAGCAGCAACAAUAGCAGCAAUGGCAGUGGGACUGCCGUUAGUAGCUGCAUCUCCCUCACGAGAAACACCUCAAGUCCUCCGACACUGACCCACGGAAGCCUCUUGAGCUCACCUUCCAACCUUCCCUUAAUGCCCCCUAGUUGUUCAAGUAGUGUCAUCUUUCCGAACCCGCUGGCCAGUAUUGCAGCCACAGCCAACGCACUUGAUCCUCUAUCAGCCCUGAUGAAGCACCACAAAGGAAAGCCUCCAAACGUAUCCGUAUUUGACACCAAGCCUAGCUCAGAAGACCCCUUCUUCAAACAUAAAUGCAGGUUCUGUGCUAAAGUAUUUGGGAGCGACAGCGCCCUGCAAAUACACCUCCGCUCACAUACCGGCGAAAGGCCUUUCAAGUGCAACAUUUGCGGUAAUCGAUUCUCCACAAAGGGAAACCUGAAGGUCCAUUUUCAGAGACAUAAAGAAAAAUAUCCACACAUUCCAAUGAACCCUUACCCAGUGCCUGAGUACCUGGACAACGUGCCAACCACCUCCGGUAUUCCUUAUGGCAUGUCGCUGCCUCCAGAGAAGCCGGUCACAACAUGGCUGGACAGCAAGCCUGUUCUAUCGACCACCCCAACCUCUUUGGGGCUGCAGCUUCCCCCGACCCUACCCAGCAUGAUAGGGGGGUAUGGAGAUUCGCCUAGUCUUACCCCCUUAAGCAGGUCGCCUCCGAGACCCUCACCGCCUUCAAGUGAGUGCGCAUCUCUUUCACCAAAUGUUUUCAGUACUGAAUCAAGCACAACCCUCACUUUAGCGUCUCCACAGCCCACCAUGCAGAGUGACGCUCCCCCAGUUUUGAGGCCAGAGGAGAUUCAUUUGCCACCCAACUGCACCACAAGACCUGUGGAAACCAGCAUGUCAUCGACUAAUGUGAACCAGGUUGUAUUGUCCGUCACAACCACUACCACCAGCACCACCAAUACUCAGAUAACAGACCCGAUCACCUCUCCAGUCUCAGCCUCUCAAUCUUCCCUCCCAAUGAUCUCAGAUCAGUUCAAGGCCAAGUUUCCCUUCGGCGGCCUUCUGGACUCUAUGCAAACAUCAGAGACCUCGAAAUUGCAGCAACUGGUGGAGAACAUCGACAAAAAAAUGACAGAUCCCAACCAGUGUGUCAUCUGCCACCGUGUGCUCAGCUGCCAGAGCGCCCUCAAGAUGCACUACCGUAUCCACACCGGCGAGAGACCCUUCAAAUGUAAAAUAUGCGGCCGCGCUUUCACCACUAAAGGCAACCUAAAAACGCAUUUUGGGGUCCACAGGUCCAAGCCCCCUUUACGUGUACAGCACUCGUGUCCUAUUUGUCAAAAGAAGUUUACUAACGCUGUGGUGUUGCAGCAGCACAUCCGCAUGCACAUGGGGGGUCAGAUUCCGAACACGCCCCUGCCUGAAAGUUUUCAAGACAUGGACACGGAUUUUUCCUUCGAUGGUAAGAGCAUAGACAACAUGAGCAACUAUGAUGAUGAAUUAAUUGAUGAGAUGGAGAAGGCCCUUGAGGAUGAACCAGAUAUCAAAGAUGAUGUGGAUCCAUCCAAACCACCGCUUUCGUAUGGAGGCAUGUCUCCAAGCACGUCUCCCCCUAUCCCAGUCAUCUCCAGCAUCGCUGCUUUAGAAAACCAAAUGAAGUCGAUAGACUCGACGAUUAAUAUGACCCGCGUCUUCAGCUUGAAGCCCUCCGAGAAUGGGAGUGGACUCAUUGGAGAAAGUGUAGACGUGUUUACCAAUGACGCCUCCUCUGCUAUGGAAGAUUUAGAGAAUCAGAGUGUUGGAAGUCCAGGUCUGUCCGAAUCUUCAGACUCCAUGCAGGCUCUCUCUCCUGCUCCUAGUCAGCCUGAAAUCCAUUGCUCCAGGUCUCAGGGUCUGAUCAACAACAUCAAUGGCACUGCAGCUGAAGAUGCCCAGGACUCCAAUGCACCACCAGCGACUGUGAAGUCGGAAAAGUCUGAAACGCCAUCUCCUGGCUCUGUACCAACCGAGCAUGUUGGAGUGCUAGACCUGACUGCUGGCCAGCCACCCAGACCUUAUUUUAAAGAGGAGAAUCAGUUCAGCAUGCUGUUCCUGGGAAGAGACCGAGUCCUAAGUGCUCCAAACUUGAUGACCUCAGCGCCAAGCCUGAUCAAACUAGAGAUGAAUGGCCACAGCAAGCCACUGUCCCUAAGCGAGGGUUCUCAUUUUCCCAUGAGUCUUCAGGUACCUGCUGCUACGCCUCAGACGACAAUGAGUCCCGGUCUUAACCCGAUGCUGGCGCCACCUCCGCCACGCCGGACCCCCAAGCAGCACAACUGCCAUUGCUGUGGAAAAAACUUCUCCUCGGCCAGCGCCCUGCAGAUCCACGAGCGGACACACACAGGAGAGAAACCUUUCGCCUGCUCCAUCUGUGGAAGAGCCUUCACCACAAAGGGCAACCUGAAGGUUCACAUGGGAACCCAUAUGUGGAACAACGCUCCGGCCAGGCGGGGGCGCCGACUGUCGGUGGAGAACCCCAUGGCUUUGCUGGGCGGCGACGCUAUGAAAUUUAGCGAAAUGUUCCAGAAAGACCUGGCGGUACGAGCGAUGAACGUGGACCCGGGCUUUUGGAACCAGUACGCCGCGGCCAUCACGAACGGCCUGGCCAUGAAGAAUAACGAGAUCUCGGUCAUUCAGAAUGGCGGCAUCCCUCCACUGCCUGUUAGUCUGGGAGGGGGCAGCAUCCCGUCGCUAGGUGGCAUGUCGGGGGGGAUGGAGAGGGCACGCACGGGAAGCAGUCCUCCCAUGAGCGGACUGGAAAAGACCAGCCUGGGGGUGGGAAGCGGACGCCCUUUUUCUAGGUUCAUGGAGGACAACAAGGAGAUAGGAAUCAAUUAAGGCGCCUGUUUUGGGAAAGACUGCAGUAAUGACUGGGUUCGAGUGUUGAGUUUGGUUCCUUAUGUACUAUAUUAUGUACAGCUGAAGUUUGAUAUUCUGUUUGGUUUUGGAUCUCUAGUAUUCAGUAUUGAGUAGAAGUAUUUCCCAUCCUUCAUUCACCUAUGAAGAUAAAAAAAUAAAUAAA